GGCCGUGUGGGCUGUGGCCAUAUCGGGUCAGGGUCACACCCGCAAAGCUACCGCCGCACGGCGACUCCGACUCCUCCGCGGUUCAGCUCACCAUCCCCUCGAGGCGGACCUCACGACGUCGCCGGUGACCGAAGCGGCGGCCGUAGCCUCGCGCCUCCGGCGUCGGCGAGCGCGCCCGUCCGGCGGCCGAGAUGGCGCUGCGGCACCUCGUCACGGGCCAGAACAACUGCACCCCGGACGGCGCCUCGUCCUCCAACCCCCUCAACGCCCUCGCCAACGCCUUCCUCGGCCAGUCCUCCAAGGCGCAGUCAAUAAAGGAACUUCCUGGUUCUGUUAGUGUUCCAUCUACAUCAGACUUUAGCACGCCUGCUCCCAUAUCAAACAUCCCUGGUGCAGAAAAUGAGUUCAAACAAGACCAGCGACCUCUUGCACGGGGCGCUGACUUUAUUCGUGGUGGUCCUGCUAAUGAUUGGAUCGAGUCUUUUCGGCCUCCGGGGGUUCCUCAACUUGGAGUAGAAGCACAAUUCCGAGAUUUUGAGCAAAUUUAUAACAAUACAGGGACAACCUUUCAACCGCCAUUGGAUGGUCCACCACAAAGAGUGUUGUCUGGUGUCUUGCAUUCCUUUCUCACAAGUGGCCCAGCUGGUGUGCCAUUUCAACCUCUUCCUGUACCAGCUGCUCUUGGUUUAUCUGAAAGUGACAAACAGUGCAUACGUGAUCGUAGCUGCAUAAUGGCACGGCAUAUAUUUUCUGACCAACCAGAAGAAUAUAUACAGGCUCAGGUCAAUACUUUGCUGCAUUCGCUUGAUAUUGACAACCGUAUGAGAGGACCUAUGCAUGGACAUUACCCAGAACUACAGGAGUACUGGAACCAGUCCCAAAGUUCUAUGGGUCCUGCCCCGAUGCAUAAUGCUGCUGAUAAAUGGAUUACUGAGUUUGACAAGCAAAAUAAUAAUCCAGAAAAUUGGGCAAACUCUUUCGAACAACAAUAUGGCCCCAAUGGGUGGGCCUCUGAGUUUGAACAGCAUCAGUCUCAGAUGGCCAUGGGCCCGAUGGGAGGAGCAAACAUGGGCAACCUGGCUGCUAUGGAGCAAUCCCGAAUGCUUGCACAAACUUUAGCAAGUAAUAAUGAUCCCAAGUUUCAGAAUUCUAAGUUCUUCCAGUUUGUUUCAAAGAUGAGCCGGGGUGAACUUAUUAUAGAAGAUAAUCAAGUAAAAGAAGGUUCAGCAUCCCAAUCCAGUGGCUGGGCUGAUGAAUUUCAAACACAGUACAAUGCUAAUGCAAACUCAUGGGCGGAUCAGUUUGAGCAUGAAGAGCUUUCACAUGGGGCGGAUAAGUGGGUUAGCGAGUUCUCUAGUCAACAUAAUCAAGGUGCACUAAAUGAGAACUGGGUUGAUGAGUUCUCGAAAUUAAAUGUCACUGAUGAAUGGGCAGAGGAAUUCAGUGGAGGUGGUUUUGGUGAAAGCUCUGCUGAUCCAUGGGUUGAUGAGUUCCAAGAACACAUGUCGUCUUUCAAACAAAGUUCGGGCACCUCUCGAGGGGUUUAUGUUUUUUCUGAGAACAACCCGUAUGUUGGUCACCCUAAUCCAAUGCAGGAAGGACAGGAGCUCUUCCGCAAGGGCCUCUUAAGUGAAGCUGUUCUUGCUUUAGAGGCUGAAGUUUUGAAGAAUCCUGAUAAUGCUGAAGGUUGGAGGUUGUUAGGCGUAACACAUGCAGAAAAUGAUGAUGACCAGCAGGCCAUUGCAGCAAUGAUGCGUGCGUUGGAAGCUAAUCCGACAAACCUUGAAAUUCUUCUUGCUCUUGGUGUUAGUCACACAAAUGAAUUGGAGCAGGGAGAAGCGUUAAGGUAUCUUUCUAGGUGGCUUCAGAAUCAUCCAAAAUAUGGUGGCCUUGUCCCUCCGCAGUCAACUGAUUCACCUUAUGGUCCUGAUGUUGUUAGAUUGUUUAAUGAAGCUGCUCAGAUGUCACCUGAAGAUGCAGAUGUUCAUAUAGUUCUGGGAGUCUUAUACAACCUAUCAAGAGAGUAUGAUAAAGCUAUAGCUUCAUUUAAGACAGCACUGCAGCUCAAACCACAGGACUAUUCACUCUGGAACAAGCUUGGUGCAACCCAAGCAAACAGCAUCCAGAGUGCUGAUGCAAUAUUGGCGUAUCAGCAGGCUCUAGACUUGAAACCCAACUAUGUGCGUGCAUGGGCGAAUAUGGGAAUCAGCUAUGCCAACCAGGGUUUGUAUGAGGAUUCCAUUCGGUACUAUGUAAGGGCAGUUGCAAUGAACCCAAAAGCUGACAAUGCCUGGCAGUACUUGAGGAUUUCUCUUAGCAAUGCUUCGCGAGCUGACAUGAUUGCUGCAUGCGACGCCCGCAACCUUGACGCUCUUCAGAAAGAGUUUCCUCUGUGAGUCCUCCCUCAAAGACAUUAGCUAUCCAGCAGAGAUCUUCAUCCAUGGAAGGAAGCAGCACACUAGCAAGCCACGUGAUAAUGGUACCAUUGGCUGCACUCAGGAUCAUGGACAUGGACGUGGAAACCAGUAGCAUCUUGUAUUUGCCUGUUGAUUCUUCUAUUUAUUUUACAAAGUGUGGGGAUGUAUAGGGAGUAGGGAAACAACAUCCAGUUGAUGUGAAGUAUCAUGGCGUGAGGCUAUAGUGGCAAAGGGGGAUUAUACAUCUGUAAGUACACACUUACGGAAGGCACAACAGGAAUAAAAGAAUGGUUGAAUAAGAAAUUGUUUAUUUUGGGGACGAACCCCUGCUUGUUUAGUAAGAAAUGCAAUGCUGGUGCUUCUUGGUGGUGCCA